AUGUUCAUUAAUGAGGAUAUCUUCCGCAGUUUUCUUGCUCUUAGAACGGAGUGUUGCAAGGUUCCGAAUGAUGAAAAUUCACUGAUAUCUAUCAAGCGGUAUUAUGCUCAACUCAUGCUUCUUAAGAAUAGAAUUGAUUUGACUUCUCCAAAACUUGUUGAAUGGCCAUGGCAAGAUGCAUUUUAUCAAAAACAAUUUGUUCGAACUGAAAUCACUUACGAAGAGGCUGCGAUUCUCUAUGGUUUAGGUGCUGCUUAUGCUCAUCUUGGACGUAAGCAAUCACGAGUGGAUGGUGAUAGUAUGAAAACCGCUUGUACCUACUUUCAAUGCGCAGCUUGGAUAUUUCAGUCUCUUCGUGAACGCUAUGGCUCAUUUGUCGGAGCUGAAGAUAUGACUGGCGAUCUGUUCCACGUAUACAAUCUCAUUUGUCUUGUAAGUUUUAAAAAUACUUUCAUGUUGAUUUAA